CACUGGCAGAUCGUAGGUGGUGACAGGCAAAGCCAAACUCCCGCACCAUGUCCAAAGUAAACCUCCUGCUGCUCUGGGCUGCCCUGGCACUGACCAGCCAGGUACAUGGAGACACUCUGAGAAAUAAAGACAUGUGGAAGCCACUGAGCAACCCCAGAAACAGAGAACUGUUUUUCAGAAGCCUUCAGGCCUACUUCAAGGGCAGAGGACUUGAUCUUGGGAGCCUUCCAAACACCUUCUCCAUGAAUGAGGACCCCAGACCUCUCUCUUUCCAGUCGGAACAUAUCGCUUCUGCAUUUGCAGACUAUGAAGAGCAGAAAAACUCCCUCCCUGCGUCCCACAAGGGCUGAAAGCUUCUUAGCCUAGGUGACCAUGUGAAAGCUGCAGAAGAGCUUUUUAGUAGAAAAUUCAACUAUGACUGAAGUCUUGUGUGUGUGCAUUUCCCUUCUGUAUUAGUCAGUUUAGAGUUAUUUUAUCUACAU